GCACUAGCUAGCUAGCUAGGCCGCCGUCGUCUCAGUUUCCUCACUUGUAUAUAUAGGCAAGCUCUUCACUUGUAGUAUUUGCAUGUCUUAGCUUGCCGGUGUUGCAUGCAUGCUUUCUUGAGCUGCAUGCUGCAUUGCUAGCACGUGUGAUCGAACACCUGCUCAAAGCAAAUUAAGGAUCGAUGACGAUGAAGCAGCUAGUACAGUUAGUGGCCAAGCCGUUAACGCCGCCACCACCCUGCUGCAGCUCCUCGUCACAAGACGAUGAAGACGACGAUGUGGUGCGGCAACUGGUUAUGGGCCGUUGGCGUUCGUCCCUAUCGUCAGGCCUCCGUGCCGCCCUCGCCUGCACCAUCGUGGGCCUCGUCUCCCUCUACGCACCGGACGCCCUCCGCAGACACAUCACCUUCCCGGCCUUCUCCUACGUCGUCACGGUCAUCCUCGUCACGGACGCCACACUCGGCACGGCCCUGCGCGGCGCGGUGAGCGCGCUCCACGGCACCCUCAUGGGCGCCGCGCCGUCCGUGGUGGCGCUGUGGCUCGCGCACCGCACGGGCGCCGCGGAGUCGGCGGUGGCCACGUCGGCCGUGGUGGCGCUGACGGCGUUCGCGGUGGCGCUCCCGGAGUCGGUGGGCCCGGUGGCGAAGCGGAUCGCGCUGGGGCAGGCCAUCAUAAUCUACGUGGCCCGCAGGUUCCAGCCGGGGGAGCGCCCCAGCCGCGGCUGGGUGCUGCUGCACCCGGCCAACGUGGUGGCGUGCACGGCGCUCGGGGUGGCGGCGGCGCUGCUGGCCGUGCUGCUUCCCUGGCCGAGGCUGGCCACACGGGAGGCCAAAGACAAGAGCAGGACGUACAAGGUGGUUGCCUCAGAGAGGGUCAGGGUCCUGGCUGAUGCCUUCGUCGUUGCCGCUGCUGUGGGUGUGGAGGAGGCCGAUGAGGGGUGCAGCAGGCAGCGGCGAUGGCAGAUAGCGGCGUGCAUGUCGGAGGCCAAGCGGCUGGCCUCCGCAAGUACAACACUCCUCAGCCGCAUGAACGCCAUCAAGGAGGAUUUGCAGUGGGAGCAGAGAGCAGUGGCGGUGGCGGUGGAGGAGAAGGAUAACAAGGGCAGCAUCGAGAUGCUCCUGGCAGGAAUGCAGAUCGCACUCGCGACCAUGCAACAAGCCGACGGCGGCCAUGGGAGGAAUAUAAACAUGGUCGGCCUUGUCAUGGCGAUGAGGGACCAGAUACGCCUCGCGCUUCUCACGCCCAACAACAAGCAGCAGAGCAGAUCAACAUGCACGCCCAGCUACCAGUUGCCAGCUACGAGCUUCGACUAUCGCAACCACGAGCAGCAUCAGCGGGCGUCUUUUUUGUUCAUCUUCUCUCUCUACCAGCUCCAUCAUUGCUGCUGCGAUGGUGGUCCCAAGACGCCUUCGACGGCAGCUACCAUGCUGCCCAACGCCAAGCAGGUAGCGCCGGCGGCAACCACGACGACACGCCAAAAGCUACUACUACUGGAGCAACCAGCAGCCGACUUACUGCCGGACGACGAGCAAGAAGAAGAAGAAGAAGCAGGUCAGCAUGUGGAGCAGGACGACGGACCAUCUUCACAAGCUGGGGCAGCCACUGCAGGAGAGGAGAAGGCUACAGCGACGGCGGCAGCGGCGGCGACCAAGGACAAGCACAGCAGGCAGACACGCAGCUGUCGCCGGCUCGUGGCGGCGGCCAAGUGCGGCUUCUCCCUCGGCCUCGCCGUCCUGCUGGGCCUGCUCUUCAGCAACGACCACGGCUUCUGGUCGGGCCUCAUCGUCGCCACAACCAUGACGGCGGGGCGCGAAUCCACCUGGGCCGUGGCCGUGGCGCGCGCCCACGGCACCGCCCUGGGCUCCAUCUACGGCGUGCUGGGCUGCCUGCUCAUGUCGCAGCAGCAGCUCGUGGCCAUGGACCUGCGCUUCGUGGCCCUCCUCCCCUGGAUGGUCCUCGCCACCUUCCUCAAACGCAGCCGCGCCUACGGCCCCGCCGGCGGCGUGGCGGCCGCGCUGUCGGUCGUCAUCAUCAUGGGGCGCCGCUACGACGAGCCUCCCAUGGCCUUCACCAUCGCGCGCCUGGUGGAGACCUUCAUAGGCAUCUCCUGCGUCGUCCUGGCGGACCUUGUGUUCCAGCCCGGGGCGAGGCCGUCGGUGCAGGCCAGGGAGCAGCUCGCCCGCUGCAUCGCCGCGCUGGCAGCCUGCAGCCGCCUUGUUGUUGCUGACCCUGCUGCUUCAUCAGAAUUAUUGAAGAGGGUGCAGCAGGAGCUGGCCCUCUUGAGGAAGCACGCCGCGGAGGCCGGCAGCGAGCCCACCUACCUGUGGCUGCCGCCGUUCCCGGCGGCCUGCUACGAAACGAUCCAGGGCAGCCUUGGCAGGAUGGCACAGCUGCUGCAGCUCUACCAUCAGGCACGCCGCUACAUGAGUGUGUCUUUGUCCCAGCAGCAGGUGGACGUGGACGAUGAUAUCAACACCAUCCAACACCGGCGCUUCAGCAACCUCGCCUCCACCUCCCUCGGCCACUGCCUUCACAUGCUGACAGCAGCAGAAGGCAAGGAGGCCAACAAAAAGCCCAAGGCCCAGGUCGUCGUUGACCUUGAGGCUGGGACUGCGGCUGCCUGUGGCUGCUGCUACAGGGAUGACGAGGUGGUGGGCUCCUUCGUAGCGCAGGCAAGAGAGCUGCUGUUGAACGAUGACGACGACGACGAUAGCGUUGAGCAACAACAAGAGGAGGAGAGGUUUUUGGCAGUGUGCUGCCUGGGCUCCAUUGUCCUGUGCAUGGAAGAGAUCCUCAAGGAGGCCCGGCGGCUGGAGGCGCACAUCCUAGACCUCAACAACAACCUGCAACUCAAAUCAGCACUCGCUGAUAUAUUAUAGAGAUUAAUUGAUAGAUCCAUAUGCACAUGUACUGCUUCUAAUAUAUAUUACAUCAUCCAUUAUUACUGUAUAAUUAUACAGUAGGUA